CGCCGCGAGAGGGAGGAGGGGAGCCACGAAGAGUGAGCGGCAGUCGAGUGAACGAAGCCAGCGUCAGUGCGAACUCAGAACUCAAAGCCACCCGAGGCCGCUAGAGAAGGGCAAGAGCGAGAGAGACCUGUGCCAUCGUCUUAUCGCCCUCAGCCUUGAUCCUCUUACACCAUCAGCAUCUUCGUCUUCCACUCACAGUCGCCCGAACGACAACGUCUGCCGGGCGAAACUCCGAGCAGUCGUACGUCGAGUCAAGACACAGCCGCUGAGUGAGAGUUGUUCCACUCCCACACCAUCAAAGUUGUUUGCACCAUGAAUUAUAAUAGUAAAACUAACAGUCUUGGCAACAACGCAAGUAAUCAUCGCCAACGUAGUAGUUGGCGAGGCCGAAAUAGCCGAAUGAAUCGAGGGAGAUCGAACAACGGCAACCGCGAACAACGACAGCCAUUGCCAGUGCCGCGUAAACUGACGACAACUAACCGGCAAAAUGAUGCAGAUGCCACCAUGACACUGGUGGAUGGUAUCAAACAAGGAUUACUGGCUGUUAGUAGAAAACAUAACAUUAGUCCUGUUGGGAGUUCAGCCAGCGAGUACAAUGGUAGUCCGGAUCAUAUGCACAGAAGCUAUAGUUUGCCCGAGAGUCUUGCUUAUUGUUGGGACAGGUACAAAGGCCACUCGUCUUCCAGAAAUCAUAAUGAGCUACCUUACCCAAUGUGCAUCCCAACAUUGAACGGUAAACCGUACUUGGGUGGCCCUACAUCCGCAAGCCCAAUACCAAUUGGUUCAUCGCGCACAUCAUCCUCGAACAGUCCGCCACAAGUCCUCUCAAGCGGCAGCAGCCCAAUGGCACCUAGCUACUUUCAGAGUGUUAUGAACGGUGGUCGACGUAGCUCGGUCGAAGAAAUGCUUAGCAAACUGGACACUCGUUCACCCAGCAAACUUCUCUUGAAUAUGCUUGGAUGCACCUCGGGUGGCCAGUCACCCGACAAUCUCUACCCGAGCAGCAGAUCGUCUGAUGACGUGAGUGAUACCUACUAUCCGACAUGCAGAUCUUCAGAUAGCAGGUCAUCGGAAAGCAGAUCGUCCGAUGAUUUGAGCCUGGACGAUAUUAUGCACGAGUUUAGAAGUACUCCCAACCCUAUUCCUGACUUUAAGACCAAUUCUGACUUCAGUCGUGCAACUGGAUGCUAUGACUGCACAUCCGAACGAUCUUGCGACGGUUGUCUUGACUUCUUCCGUAAAAGCAGUUUUUCACAACUUGCAAACACAGAAGAAUUUGCUAGACAUGUUUUACUAUUCAAGGAAAUAUUAUCUGCGCCAACAAGUCUAAACGUGGUGCCGUUCAAGCAGACUCAUAAGAUUACCUUGAUAUACCAACCGACUCUCGGGAUCGGACACCGAUGGACCGGUCAACAACGCACUGUGCCUAAACAACUUAAAACCAAUUUCCCAUUUCCCGAACAGAAAUUAGCUAUCCCAGCCUCAGUGGAUGAAAAAUGUUUAAUAUUCACGAAUCACCGUGUUAUCUCUGAAAAACCAAUGAUCUAUUGCUCGACUCAUAGUGGAAUUCCACCUUUCUACUGCAAGACCUGCUUAAAAAUUUUCUGUUACGAGUGCGGAUUCUUACAACACAAGGAUCACAUCUUUAGAGAUUUUCUCCAGGCUAACGUGUCUGUUAAAUUGGAAAUUGAGCGAAUACUCACCGAGUGCCGAUUCGCAGUAGCUACCAUCAGAGAGGAAAUAGACAGAGGAGUGAUCAUCGCUCAAACGUUGGAUGCUCAGGCGCACGAGGCGACCGAAGGAGUGCGUGAGUUGGUUCAUCGACUUCGCGAUACAAUGUUUAUCCGCGAUAGAGAGAUAAUGGACUUCAUUGAAACUACUCGACAAAAGAAACACGCUGCUUUAAAAGUACGCGACGAGGGACUCAGAUUUGGACUGUCACGUCUUCUUGAAAUUAUUAACGACAUUAACACAGCCGUCCAGCUUCCGCCACUUUCCACCAGUCCACUAGAGUUGUAUAUUGUUAAGGACUUGGCUUCUGCUCAGCUAUUCCAAGUAAAGAUUAUUCGCAAUAAUCUACCACCACUCGAGGAGCACUUCAUUAAAUUCAACUUGUUGGACAAUCAAAUUAUCGAUUCGGUCAAGAAACUUGGCAACGUCUUAACUGGGGUUGGCCAUAUUGGUGACCGACGACUACUUGCUCGGCCUACCAUCUCGUCUUUGACGCCUCCGCAGCUGCACGUACCCCGUGGCUGUGCAGUUUUUGGUGUUAACUAUAAUGUCUCGGUCCUACAAAAUCGCCCCGAAUACCAGGGCAAUCCAUACAGCAGUAUCGGCGAGGCACUUUUGACCAUCCACGAGCACUCUGAUUCCGAGGGAAGCCUAUGUCGACCGUGGGGUGUUGCGUGCGAUCGCGACGGCAACAUCGUGAUCGCCGAUCGCUCGAAUGAUCGCAUCCAGAUUUUUAGCCGGCUCGGCAAAUUCGUGCGCCGAUUCGGCUGCCGCGGCUCCGGUCGCGUUCAGUUUGACAGGCCAGCUGGUAUCGCCGUGGACGCCCGUCGACGUAUCGUCGUCGCGGACAAGGACAAUCACCGCAUUCAAGUGCUGACGAUGACAGGUGAUUUCGUGAUUGCUUUCGGCGCGAAGGGCAGCAGCCCGGGACUUUUCAACUACCCAUGGGAUGUUUCGACGAACGAGGCUUGCGAAAUCGUCGUAUCUGACACGCGCAACCAUCGUAUCCAGCUGUUCAGCGCCGAAGGCAUUUUUUUGCGCAAAUUCGGCUUCGAGCAGCCUCACCUUUGGAAGGGUCUCGAUUCGCCGAGAAGCGUUGCAUUCAACAUCGAUGGCAACGUCAUAGUCACAGAUUUCAACAACCAUAGGCUCAUCGUGGUCGAUUAUGACUUCUUGGGUGCGAGAGUUUUGGGUUGCGAAAGUCUAUCGCCCAAACCAAUGCCACCGAGGACCUUGUUGAGGCCCCAGGGAGUAGCCAUUGAUGACUUCGGCCACGUAAUCGUAUGUGACUCGCGUAAUAAUCGCGUUCAAAUUUUAGACGCCAACGGCGUUUGCCGCUGGAGAUUCGGUUCGUUCGGCAAGGGCUUCAACGAGAUGGAUCGGCCAUCGGGAGUGGCAGUCACUCCCGACGGUAAAAUUGUUGUCGUCGACUUUGGCAAUAAUCGCGUGAGCGUGUUCUAGAGCGUAGCAGGGAACGAUCGUGCGCGUGAUAAUAUCAUUACCUCUCGACAAUUGAAUGAUUUUAAUUGUAUUUACGUAGAGAUAAUCGGAAAAAAUUGUGAUUAAUCAUGCGCUGUGUUUCGGGCAAAUCUCAGCUGAAAAGGGCACUUUUAAAAAGUGAUUUAUCUGAGAAGAAACCGGGUUAUUUGGGUUCGGGUUCGGGCAAUUGGUGCAUCGAAGAUGUAAGAUGAUUUUAAGAUGUUAUUGUUUAUGUAUUUUUGGCUCUGAGCUCCAAAAAUAAUAAUAGAUUAGAAGAAAAACGAAUUCACUUUUAACGAGAAACAAAGUAAACGAGGAAAAAAAAGAAAUUUAAAGUGAUGCCGCGGAUCUGAGAGAAGCAAUAUUUUCGUAUAACUAUACAUAAAAAGAAAAUAUAAAAAAGUAAAUAAGUAGAUAAGGCCGUGUAUACGACCGCGCGCUCUGACUCUUGUUCGAUAUUUUAAUAAAACAAAAUAAAAUAAACAAGAGAAUAAACUUAACGAUUGACGUAGGGAGUUUUUAACUGGAAAAUUUGCAAUUGAUUGUGGAGGAGGGACUUAUGGUCUUUCGUCCAGGAUCCGUGCAAAAUAAUUUUGAGUUCUUGAUAAAAGCAAAUGAUAAAGAAGUUAUUGAUUCUUCUGAAACAAUGCGGAUAUGUAAAUAGAGCUUCCUAAGCAAGGAAUUUUCGAUUUUCCUUGUCUUCGUCAAUUUUGCAAAUAAUUUUUAUCUUUUAACUGUCGAUGAUAAAUCUCAUCGAAUUCUAUGAUUACUAUGACUGUCUAUUUUUAUCUGACAAUGAAUAAGAUAGAUGUUUUUUGUUUAGUAAAGAUAUAUUUUGUCUUGACGGAUCUCUAGAAGUAUAAAUAAAACGCGAUAAGAAAAACAAUUUUAAGAGAAAGUCUUCAUCUGCUAACGUUAUAGGAAAAUAAUUGUAGUCGUUCAAAAAAAUUCAAUUAUGACUAACUUUGAAUUAUUAGUUUUUAAUACUUUUAACAAUUUCUUAAAUACGGAGUCAAAUAUUUCAGUCUAAUAUUGAAAAUUAUUAUUUAUUCUCGUGGCAUUUUGGUCUAUAAGAAUCAAUAACUCCUUAAAUUUUUAACUUAUAAAAAUGUAUUUCCCAAGACGGGACUUUUCGAACUCUUCAUUUAUUAGCUUGACUUCAAAAAAAGUGUCAAAUCAAUCUAGUUCUUGAACUGUUCGUAAAUGCUUUGCAAGAAUCGUCUACGAACUUAUUUACUUUUUUAUAGUAUAAGCAUGGAUUCAUUUGAGCAACAGAUGCAUAUCAUAUUGUGUUUCAAAAGGUUUUUGUAUGCAUAGCAACAUGUAAAUGCAAAUUGCUCAUUUGUGAAAGUGUCAAACUAUAUGACUUAGUUUGGAAAUGAUUCACUUUAAUUUUGAUUUUUUAGCGCCUAUUGGAAGUUUCAAUCUUUCAAUUAUUUUUUUUUUUAUCUUUGACUUGUCUUUUUUAUUCUGACGACAUGCUUUUUUUAUGAAAAUGACACUUACCUUGCAUCUUUAUACAAAGUAAGACUGAAUUAAGACUGACUAAAAUGUUGUCAAGCUUUUUAUUUGCAUGUACUACAGUGUACUAAAAUUGCUAAAAUCAGUGAUGUAACAAAAGAUACUUUAAAAAAGUAUAAUUCCAAAGAAUGGCAUAUAGUUUAAGAGUUCACAUCACUUUUCAAUAAACAUUAACUGUUCAAAAUUUAGGCCAUUAUGUUUAGAACUUAGAUUGUGAUUGUAAUGAUAAUUGAUUCCGGUUAAACAAAAGCAUCAAACUUUUGUAAAAAUUAAAAAAAAACUAUUCUGUGGUUAUUUGGAACUGGAUCAACGGAUUGGUACAACGGUUUCUCCAUUCCAAAGAAAGAGUUAAAACUCCAUUAAGAAAUUGUCGUCAUAAUAAUGAUAUGAAAUAUCAUCAAUGAAUCCAUUGAUACAGUUCGUUAAAGUAAAAAGUACGAAAUCAUUUAAUAUAUAAUUUUUCGAGAAUCUUUCUAAAAUUUUUAAAUGUGAUUAAUAUAUCUUUCGUUACCUUAAACUUAUUACGACUAUUUAACGCAGAUUUUUUAGAAAAAUAUUUAUAGUUUCCAUUCUCGUUUAAACAUGUGUUAUUGUGCAGCGAUUCUGUUUAAUUGUACGAUUGACAAUGAAAGAAAAGCAAACAAACUAUUUGUAAAAUUUUAAGGCUUCGACAGACUAGAUACAUUCAUAGAUGUUCGCGAAUAAAAUUCGCGUCGCAAUAAUUACUAUGUUUGCUAAUAUUCUGCAAAUCUAUCAGAUCAUGUCUUGAGAUGUUGUUAAAAGUAUAGUGUAUUAAUAGUUUUACUUUACAAAAUAGUCACUAGAGGUAAAGAUAGUUAUGAAAAAUUCUUUUCCUAUGGUGCCAGACGGUACCGGUAAUGUCUGACUUUCUCUUAAUAGAUUUAAUUUCAUGUUCAAUCAUUUGUUCAUCGGUAUUUAAUAAUUCAUCGCUUUUUUUCUUUUUAUUUCUUUUCAUAGUUUUAGUAUAGAAAAUAUGUACAAAAAGUUUUGACAUUUGAACAAAACAGUAUCUGAACGAUGAUAUUGUAAUAUAAAUAGUUUCAACCACGGCCUCCAUCGUGCAUGUACUAUAAAGUUUUAGAGCAUAAAAUCAUAUGGAAAAAGUAUGAUAAUAUUGCUCAGCGCUAUUACAUCAUUAAUUCCAAGGUUUUUUCCACUGUUGAAAUAAUCUUCAACGCGAGUAAUUUUUCUUCGUAGCUCCGAUAAGACAAGUGAUAUCGACAAGUUAAUUUUUUUUAUGUACGUAUAUUUUUUUUCGUAGAUUAAUUUCUUACAAUUGGUGCAAGGGUAAAUUUUAAGUACCGCAGGUGCCAUAUUUGCACCUGCAUCAAUUAUAAAAAUUUAUAAAUAUAAAUAGCCACAUGACUUUAAUCUAUACGCUAAAUCGUCUGGAAGCUGUUUACAUGUACGUGCAAGUGCUAAAGUGCCACUGGUCUUUAGCAUUUGCAUGUUUUAAAGUUGCCAUAAAAUCUGGAAAUUAUGGAAUUAUCAUGGAAAUUCGACAAAUAUUAUGGAAAAUAAAAUCCUUUUUUAAUUCUUAAAAAAAUUAUAAAAAUUCCAUAUAAUAUGAAGUAUCAUCAUAGAAAUUUUAAUGGCACCCUACUCAAGACGAUUCCUCUUGUGGAAUAAAUUCAGAUUGCUAUGUAGACCAUUUUUAUAUUUAGUUAUAAUUUUUUUAAAUAUUUUAUACGAAUGAUUGGAAUAUUGUGUAUUACGUGGUAACUCGAUUACAAAUUCUUUUUUGUUUUUCAACUUUUAGCAAAUAAAUAGUGGUCAUUAUAUAUCUGUUUUCAAUUGAUAAAAUUGCUUUUAAUCACAAGUUAUCUAUUUUCAAAAAAUUUUAAUCUGUACUGGUCUUCUCUUUUUUACGACGAUAUUGGUACUAAGUAUAUAACGUUACAAUUAUAUCGAUAAAUGUAAAGUUUACGAAUUGGCCGUGUACAUUGAAACAUUGAUAAUUUACAAUUUUCUAUCUCUAUUUUUAUAUUCUCAAAAUUAUCAUAUCAUUAUAUUAUAAUUGUGAGAAUAAGAAAAUAAAAAUUUUUAAAUGAGUACCUGUGCGUAAUCGAGACAUGCUGCCUCGGCGCUAAAAAAAGUUCCUAUCAAAUAUUAUUUGUGUGGUCUUUUAUGUGGUUUCUGGAUGAUUUAUAGAAAUGAUACGCACGCAAAAAAAAAAAUAAAUAAAAUGUUACAUAAUAUUAUAUAACAUCAUUUUUGACAUUUCCCCCUUUAUAAUUUGCAAAGCAUGAUAUAUAAGGGUGCGACAAUUAUUAUGUAUCUGCGUCUGCGUCACUUAUUAUGAUUAGCUUUGUAGUUGCGUUAAUAUGAUAAUAAAUUUAAGA